GCGUGACCUAGCGGUGUGACUUCUGGGGAGGCACUGGCAGUCGAGGCUCGGGGCAGCUGGGCAGAGGAGCUGGUGAACCAUGGCGGCGGCGGUGGCGGCAGCGGCAGCAGUGCGGACCCGGAUCCUGCAGGUUUCUUCUAAAGUAAACUCCACAUGGUACCCAGCAUCCUACUUCUCAUCAUCAGCGCCAACUGUAAAACUCUUCAUUGAUGGGAAAUUUGUUGAAUCCAAAACCGACAAAUGGAUUGACAUCCACAACCCAGCCACCAAUGAGGUCAUCGGCCGGGUCCCUCAGUCCACCAAGGCUGAAAUGGCGGCAGCUGUUGCUGCCUGCAAGCGCGCUUUCCCUGCCUGGGCAGACACAUCGAUCUUGAGCCGUCAGCAGGUCCUGCUCCGCUACCAACAGCUUAUCAAAGAAAACCUGAAAGAAAUUGCCAGGUUAAUCACAAUGGAACAAGGGAAGACUCUAGCUGAUGCUGAAGGAGAUGUAUUCCGAGGCCUUCAGGUGGUUGAGCAUGCCUGUAGUGUGACAUCCCUCAUGCUGGGAGAGACCAUGCCGUCUAUCACCAAAGACAUGGACCUUUAUUCCUACCGUCUGCCUCUGGGCGUGUGUGCAGGCAUUGCCCCGUUUAAUUUUCCUGCCAUGAUCCCCCUUUGGAUGUUUCCCAUGGCUAUGGUUUGUGGAAAUACUUUCCUAAUGAAGCCAUCAGAGCGAGUACCUGGAGCAACAAUGCUUCUUGCUAAGUUGCUUCAGGAUUCUGGUGCCCCCGAUGGAACACUGAACAUCAUCCACGGACAACAUGAAGCUGUAAAUUUCAUUUGCGAUCAUCCAGACAUCAAAGCAAUCAGCUUUGUGGGCUCCAACCAGGCAGGAGAGUACAUCUUUGAAAGAGGGUCAAGAAACGGCAAGAGGGUUCAGGCCAAUAUGGGAGCCAAAAACCAUGGGGUAGUCAUGCCGGAUGCCAAUAAGGAAAACACUCUCAACCAGCUGGUCGGGGCCGCAUUCGGAGCUGCUGGCCAACGCUGCAUGGCUCUUUCAACAGCCAUCCUCGUAGGGGAAGCCAAGAAGUGGCUGCCAGAGUUGGUGGAGCGGGCCAAAACUCUGCAGGUCAAUGCAGGAGACCAGCCUGGAGCUGAUCUCGGCCCUCUGAUCACUCCCCAGGCCAAAGAGCGAGUCUGCAAUCUGAUUGAUAGUGGAAAACAAGAGGGAGCUUCCAUCCUUCUGGAUGGGCGAAAAAUUAAAGUCAAAGGCUAUGAAAAUGGUAACUUUGUUGGACCGACCAUCAUUUCCAAUGUCAAGCCAAGUAUGACCUGUUACAAAGAAGAGAUUUUCGGGCCAGUUCUUGUGGUUCUGGAGACGGACACAUUGGAUGAAGCCAUCAAGAUUGUAAAUGACAACCCAUAUGGAAAUGGAACGGCCAUCUUCACCACCAAUGGAGCCACCGCACGGAAAUAUUCUCACAUGGUGGACGUCGGACAGGUGGGCGUCAAUGUCCCCAUUCCAGUGCCUCUGCCAAUGUUUUCCUUCACCGGCUCUCGAUCGUCCUUCAGGGGAGACACCAAUUUCUAUGGCAAACAGGGCAUCCAGUUCUACACCCAGCUAAAGACUAUCACAUCUCAGUGGAAAGAGGAGGAUUCGACUCUUUCCUCACCUGCCGUAGUCAUGCCUACCAUGGGACGCUAGAAGCAAGUUCUCCCAGACUCAGUCCAACCCGAGCAAUCUCCCAGCAUUCUUGGCUACCUUCACUUGCCAUCUUUGCUCAGAUCAGACCCAUGAGAUUGGAAUAUGUUACGACUCUCAGAACUGUCAGUCCCUUCCUAGUAAUAGGGAGACUACAGGAAACACCAUGCUGGGUCUGAACCUGCUCUGCAUCCUUCUUUUCUGACUACAGGGAAACACUAUGCUGGGUCUGGACUUGUUCUGCAUCCUUCUAUUCUGGAGGUCAUUGUGAAGUGUUUACCUGGAGUCAGAGCUUAGACCUGUCUUCUAACAGUUCUCCUGAUGACUUGGAGGGGAAUACGUGACAGAUCUCCUAAUUAUUGGAAGGACUCUUGGGUAGGGAAGAAGGAUAGAAACAGUUCACCCUCUGGUUGAGCCUCAAACACAGCCCUCCAUGAUUCCCACACUACAUAAGAUUUAACCUAUUUUUCUUUAUUUUCCCCCGAGACAGGGUUUCUCUGUGUAGCUUUGUGCCUUUCCUGGAACUCACUCUGUAGCCCAGGCUGGACUCGAACUCACAGAGAUCCGCCUGGCUCUGCCUCCCAAGUGCUGGGAUUAAAGGCAUGUGCCACCACUGCCCGGGCUUAACCUAUUUUUCUUAUCCAAACAUUUUAAGCACUGCUUCUUUUCUGCUCAGUGGCCCUUUCUUCUCAUUUUGAUUCAUGACCACUACUUAAUUCUGUCAUUGUCCAUGGUCUUUUCUACAAUACUUCUCAAAGAUACCUCAGGAUAUAAGUGAUGCGCUAGCUUUUUGUUAUAUGUGCCAUGUUUCAUGGUUUGCUUCAGCGAUCAUUAAUCAGUGCUCCAGUCAUUAAUUCAGAUGCAAACAAAUCCUUAGAAAAAUUAUUUCACAAAUUAUUUGUGACCCAGAAAUCAAAGAAUGUGCCAAUCAUGAAAAUGGGUAAGACUCUUGGCCUUAACCAAACCUAUUAUUAUUUGCCAAAUUUUAUGUUAUUCUUUCUCCUCCUCCUCCUCCUCCUUUUUCUUCUUCUUCCUCUUCUUUUUUUGUUUUUGUUUAUUCAAGACAGGGUUUCUCUGUGUAGCUUUGGAGCCUGUCCUGGCUCUCACUCUGUAGAUCAGGCUGGCCUCGAACUCACAGAGAUCUGCCUGCCUCUGCCUCCCAAGUGCUGGGAUUAAAGGCGUGCAUCAUCACCACCUGGCCUAGUUGAAACUUUUUAAUGAAAGUUCUUUUCAUAUAGAAUAAUUGAUUGGACUACAAGAAACUUAAAAGUUUCCAUUCAACUGCCUUUAAACUGGCCUCUCUGAUAAUCUAAGCCUUAAGUCAGAAGAGACUGAUGGCCUGAACAGAAGAGUCUGUCUGUCUGUCUGACCUGUCUGAAGCCCAGCUCUCUGAGCUGGAGGCUGCUGGCUCUGCUAGCCUCGUCAUCACGGCUUACUCAGCUGAGGUACUGGUCACUUAUUUCACUCUGUUCUGGACAGUCACGUGGACAAUGCUGCUCUAGUCUACCGGGUUAUUUGAUGAGUUAAAAUAAAGGUGGUGAAAAGCCUUGAAAAUUUCCACUCUGUCGGCAUGAGAGUAUUCGAGUAUCCAUCCACCUCUGGUGGAAUUCAGAGCCUUCAAUAACUUUAACAAAACACAACUCUGAUUUUUUGUUUUCAUCCUAAAACCAAGUUGAAAUUUGUAGUUUGUGAUUAUAAUGCCUUUGUUUUCUUAUAAAACAUAGUUCAUGCCCAAUUCAAUCCAACAAUUUUGGGCUGGGUUGAAAAGUGGUUAUUAUCUAAAUUCCAAGUCGAAUUUAAUCACAAAGACUCCUAUUAUUUUCCUUAGAUAUAAAGGAAGUUACUUUUAACAAAUACCAACUAAUCAGAAUUGUGUUUCUCUAAUUAGAAUCAACUGACUUGACCGGCUACUUGUACUCAAAAAGUUCCUUGUAUCUUAGAUGCAAUCUACAGUUAUAUUCAGGUUAGUAUCACUAAAAUAGAGAACCAGCAUUUUCCUCAUUUGAGUUUUGUCAGAUUAUGUACUGAUUGUGAAUAAUCAAAUACAAAUAAAAAGCCCUUAAAAAAAUA